UUUUGCUAGCAAAGACACAAGAAUUUUCCAGAUGAUGGAUGUUACCCAAUCAAAAAGCUGAAGACCAGUCCCAAUCAAUAACGACUCUUUUGUGUUUUGUUUUUUUCAACUGCUCUGCUUUGUGUUAUAAGAGCGUUGUGCCCUUUUUCAUGCUGCAGGCUCCCUAACAAGACCCCUUCGUGGUCUCGGAGGGAGCUGCUUCUGAUUGAACAUCAGGCAGCAUCCUGAAAGCUCCGGUUGCACUAAUGCAGGCUCCAACAUACCUGCUCCCUAUAUUCCCACAUACACUCAACACACUUCUCUCCAACUGCUGCGACCAUCAAUCUCCUUAAUCCCCUUAAAAGAUUUCAAACACCAUGUCUCAUCCCCUUUAUAACCCCUAUGCCUCUGGUAACCAAAGUUCCAACCAGGCGCCAUAUGUACACUCCAAUUUGCAGUCUGGGAUGGAACCGCGAAGACAAAUUUCUAUCCUUGGACCAGGGUCUAGCUUCAGCUCUUCUGGAGCUUCUUCUGCGACUCCUUCCAACUCUGGGGGAAGGGUCUCUACACUGCUGGCUCAGUCAGUGAGCUACAGGCCUGAACAGAGUAGGGCCACUGUUGAUGAGGACUUGGAAAGGUCUAUAGACAUGCAUAUUAGCAGAGCCAGAGAGGGGCACAUUUCUGGCCGUGGACCUGCUUCUAGCUUCCGCUCUUCAGCUGUUUCUUCCGCGACUCCUGCCAACUCUGGGGGAAGGAUCCCUACACUGCUGGCUCAGUCGGCGGGCUACAGGCCUGAACAGAGAAGGGCUGAAAUGGACGAAGAUGUGGAGAGUUCUAAAGAUAUGCAUAGUAGCAGAGCCAGAGAGGAUGUGAGGUUUCACGGCAAACAGAAUUAUCAGCCCAUAGGCCAGAGCACUCGCUUUAACAGCACCCAGAGAGAUGACAUUCUCUCUUCCGGCACUGGGACGACCUCCUAUCCGAUAGCCUCACAAUCUGCCUCUCUAGGACACAGACACUCUGAUGUUGACGGUGGCGGUAGGUCCUUGGACUGGUUGCCAAAAUACAAAACGGCAGCCACUGAUGAUUCCUCCAAAUUUUAUCCAUCACCCGCUUCGUCUAGCUACACAAGCAGUGGUGGCAGUAAGUUUAAUUUCUCCAGUGACCGAGAACGUGAUGUGGAGUCCAUUCCAGGAUUAGGUGAUUUUGACUAUCCUGUCCAAGACAAACCUGCGGCUCCAACUGAGACAAGUCGCCCCAAGUAUACUUCCGAAUGUGCCUCAAACAUCCUUUUGCAAUUUGGACUUGAAAAAGAUGAUUUGGAAUAUCUAAUCUCUUACCCUGAGGAUCAGAUAACCCCUGCCAACCUGCCGUUCAUCUUGCGCCAAAUCCGCAUUCAGAAGUCCAAGAGACCCUUGACUGCAGUUGAGUCCAAACCCCACCCUGAACCUCGACGAAUCAGAGAUGUGAGUGGAGGAUCAACAGCUGUUCUCCAGCCCACUAAAGUGAUUGAAUAUGGACAUACUGGCAAAUAUGUUGGCGGUAUGGUGGAUGAGACUGGAAGGACCAGUGGCAGAAGUACUGACAGUGGUGGGAGUGGCAGCUUGUCGUUGGACACUUACGGGCAGCACAGUAGCAGCAACCGGCAAGAACAGCUGCAAAAAGAUACUACAGCGGUAAAGAGCAGUCCCUUGAGUACUUCACGUGUCCAGACUAGCUCUGUUACCAAUGUAGGUCCUUCGUACAGUUCAUUCCUUAGCUCUGUAGCUCCCCCAAGCAGUGAUUCAGCUAAACGAUUGCAGACCCAACCAAACCAGACUCCUCAAUCAAUCUUCUCCACUUUCUCUCUGCCAAAGAAAGACACAGACGAAAGAGUGUUCACCUCCGAAGCCCCCAAACCCCUGCCUUUUAAAGAACCAGAAGCAGAUCGUAUGUCAGUGUCGAAAAUCACACAAUCUGCUACUGUGUUGCACGGUGCGCAUCCUGGCCAACGCGGUGUCGUGCUCAUUGAUAAGACUUAUCCCAGUUGCAUUCAGAGUAAAACCCAAGGCCAACAGUCAGUGGUUCCUGAGCAGACGAAGAAGCAGCAGAAAUUGGAGCAGACACAGCCAAAGCCAAAGGUACAGUCGCAGCAGAUGCAGAAGGCGCAGGCGACGCACAAGGCGCAGACGACGCACAAGGCGCAGACGACGCAGAAGGGGCAGAAGGCGCAGUCCCAGCAGAUGCAUAAGUCACAGUCGACGCAGAAGGCGCAGUCCCAGCAGAUGCAGUCGACGCAGAAGGCCCAGUCCCAGCAGAUGCAGAAGGCGCAGACAAAUCAGAAGGUUCAGUCGCAGCAGAUGCAGAAGGCACAGGCGCAGCAGACACAGCCUGUACCGCAAACAGGGAAUCAGUUUUGGACUCCAAUUUUACCUGCUGAUUCUCUCCUCUCCGGCACCAUGAACACUGUCCAUACCAUGCAACAUGGAGGGUUUAUUCCCGGUGAUCCUCGCUCUGCCUUCGUUCCUCCAGCUCCAAUUCAGCCAAGCCCAAACACAUGGGACGUCUUUGGGUUGAUGACCCGGCGUUUAGUAAAGUUACCAGGCCUUCAGAAGCUGCCAACGACGGCCAUGAUGUAUGACUACGCAGCGGCCUCACCGCAAGUCAUUCCACACACCUGUUCUCUGUGUCACAAAGAAUGCACAAGUAUGACGGAUUGGAUAUCCCACCAGAACACCAACCUUCACCUUGACAGCUGCAGAUACCUCCGGACACUGUACCCAGAGUGGAAUGGUGAGAUCGUACCUGGACCCAGUGCCGCGGCUAAAGAUGCCAAAACCUCGCCAUCGACCUCUGCGAAGACUUCCCAAGAGCGCCACAAGAAAACCAGUCAUGGAAGCCGCUCCCGUUCCAAGUCACCCAGCCCCCGUAGACAGCGCAGCCCGAAGGACAGGCGAAAGAAUCGUAGCAGGUCGCGAUCGCCACGCAGCUCCAGAUACACUCGUUCACUGUCUCGUUCUCGCUCACCACGGUAUGACCGCUAUCGGUCGCGUUCAAGGAGUCAUGACAGACAGAGGACGAAGGACGACAGACGGUCCUCGUCCAGGGGUGAAGAGAGAUGGUCGCCUCCGAUAAGAAGCCGUGAAAGACGAUCAUCGCCAAGGAGGAGGGACGACAGACUGCCCUCGCCAAGGAGAGCCCGCGAAAGAGGACCGUCGCCGAGGAGGAGAGACGACAGACGGUUUUCGCCGAGAAGAAGCCACGAGCGACCACCGUCGCCGAGCAGGAGUGAAGAGAGAUGGUCGUCUCCGAGUAGUAGUCGCGAGAGACGACCGUCGCCGAGGAGGAGAGACAACAGGCGGUCGUCUCCGAGAAUGAGCCGUGAAAGACGGUCGCCCUCGGAGACGUUCCCCGAACGGAGGUCGAGCAGCGCGGAGAAACUGGUGAAGAAGCUGCUGGAAAACUCAGCCGUCCAGUCUCUGUCCAAGCAGUCCGACCUGGAGGCCGUGGUUAAAAGUCUGGCUCCCGCCUUACUCGCCGAACUAGCCAAGAUGAAGUCUUCGCCCUCGUCGUCCGUGUCGUCGCCCAAAGGAGGAAAAAGGUCGUCCUCCUCCGCCACUGCCUCUUCAUCGUCGUCCUCCAUGGCGGCAAAGAAGAAAGCGACGACAUGGACAAAGCCCAAUUUUCAGAAGAGCGAGGCGGAUAAAUCUUCACCUCCAACCAUUGUGAGGUUAGGAGGGAUUCUGACUUCUCUCUCUCACAGUGACAUGCUCGCUGCAGUGGAGCUGUACGGAAAAACAAAAUCAGUCUUAAUGAUUCGGACCAAACAAGAGGCAGUCGUGUGUUUCGAGAAAGAGGAAUACGCUCAGGAACUGAAGAGCGUCGGGAGCGUCGUCGUAAAGGGAAUCCCAGUCACUGUCGUCACAAAGAAGACUGCUCAGCAAAAGAAGACUCCUCAGAAAAAACCAGUCGUCGCCACUAAAGCCACAAAAACCAAAACCCCCAAACGAGCUCUUCUCCCUACACAUCACAAAACUUCACCUAAAGGCCCUAAGAAGCCGUUAACCUCUAGAGUCAAAACAAAGACGGUUGCUAAAGGCUCAACCAAGGUCACUAAGGCAAACGUCUUGGUUGCCAAGGCAAAAACUGCCUCAACCAAACCGAUCGCUAAAAUGGCAAAACCUGCAGUGCAGCAGGUCGACACAGCCGAGGUUCAUGAGUCAGCCAAUGUGACUGUGGCUGAACCAACUCAAGUUUCAGAAAUUGUCACUGAAGUAAAGGUCAAAGGGGAAACAGCCUCAUCUCCGCAGGAGCCCAAAACACCAGUGAAGAAUUUGUCUGCAGCAGGAGCUACGAUAAAAGAAGAGGUUGAAGAGAAAUCCGCAGAACCCAUUAAGGUGACAUCGAAAUCCCCAGAUUCAGGAAAUCGAACCGAUGUAGAGAUUUCUGAGUCAAAAGAAUUGGAAACAAAGGUUCAACAAUCUGUAGAGGAGCUGGAAGACACAGUCAAGGUUGAGCCAGGGAACAGGACAGUUUCUGAACUGAAGCACCAAGCGGAACCCGCCAAAGUCGAUGCUGAGGUGAAAGAAGACGCUGAACCAAUGACGCUCGGGGAAACAGGAGUUGAAGUGGCAGAGCCCAUGGAAGUAGAACCUUGUGCUGAGGUCAAAGUGGAACAACUGACAAGUACAGAGGCUGUAACGGACAAACCCAGUGAGAGUCGACCAGCGCCCAGUACAGACGUGAACAACGAUCCUACUGUUCUACCUCCGAACGCAGAAGCAGACGGUCAACCUGCAGACACAAGUGGUCCGAUACCACGGACCGACAUGAAAACUCCAGAAGCCCCCGAUGAACCUUCAUCACAGCUUCUAGAACCAGAGUCUGCUGCACCGGUUCUGGAGGUCAAGAUGGAGGCUUCACAGCCUUCGAGCUCAGCCGAAGGGAUGGAGGAGAACACAAUAGAAAAAGAUCUUGCAUCUGUCGUGACGAGCCAAAGGGAUCCGGCAUCAGCCGAGGACGAAUCCCAAGCUGUUGGCAACGUUUCCGCUGUGUCGCCGGAAAUAGCAGCACCCGUCAAAAUUGAGCCAAAGGCAGCAGUGGUGAGCCAACAGCAACCCGCGGCAGCCUCGUCUUCUUCUUCGGCUAAAGUUAGUACCGCUCUGACCGUUGGGGAGAUGGUGGAACGUCGCCUUCUUCAAAAAAAAAUCACGUGUCUCCACAACAAAACGGCCUUUUCGAAAAGAUUGUUUCAACUCGGCAAGAAGACGAUGAUGAUAUCCAACCUGCCGAAGUAUUUCGAUGGCUGCUACACGGAGGAAGCCCUCGCCAACCUGCUUGUUCCGUACGGAUUUGAGUACAAAGACGAAAACAUCUACGUCAUUCCUCAGUCACGCAUGGCCUUUGUUUUGAUGCCGUCGGUGAACGAUGUGCACUAUAUUUUGACAGUCAACAGAAGGAAUCAAGUUGUUCUCAAUAACUGUUUUCUGGAAUUGAGUGUCGUGGACAAUGGCAUAGCGAUGACGCCGAUUGGGUUCUAUAAAUCACUGAUGAAGCGGAUGAGCUACCCGGUGCUUGACAAUGGAGAUCGAACCAUCUUCAUUACGAACAUCUCGCCAAGCGAGGCCAGAGACCUCAGGGAAGCUUUGAGGAAAAUCGGUUCCAUCGUCAACUACCUGCCUCUCCUCAACAAGGUAUUUGUCCAAUUUGAGUCCAGUCGUGACGCCGAUCGGCUCGGAGUUUGGUACAGCCUCCUGAAACGGGCGCCUGCUCACAAAGUACGCAGGCUGAAAACGCCGCACACUGGUUGCACAGCUCUGGCUCCAAGAAUUGCUGCGAAAGCAAUGCCGGAUAGCAAGGAUAUUGUUGCCGGGGCAGUUGUCCCGAUCACAAAAUGUGGCGUUCCUCUGGGCAGCAUUUCACCAUUUUGGGUCACAAUGCAAGCUAGUCCCUAUGUGUUCCCUACGAUUUCACCAUGGUUCAUCAUCCCAGAAUAUCUGAGCGUCAAAGGGAAUGAGGACAUUGAGAAAGCCAACCGUCACGCUUCCACGUUCCCCACAAUCAUGUUGACCGGUUUACCAGAAGGAGACUACAGGCACGAGGACGUGGCCAUGCUGGUGUGGCCUUAUUUCCCCAAACAAAACCUCCACUCCCUUUACUACAACGUGAUCGUCCUGACGCUGCAGAGGAGGGCCUUUUUGCAUUUCAGCGAUUGGGCCACGUGCUGCAGAUUCGCCCGAGAUCACAUCACAAACCCGGUUUCUGUCGGGGGCCUCGCACUCAACAUCCAUUUCGUCUUACAGAACAUGUUUCCUGACUCAAAAGAGGAGCUCAUGUACACAUCUAUGAUGAAAUGGAGCAACGCUGGUGUUCCAGAGCCAGAGGGUCUGGAGGAGCGGUUGCUCUGUGUGGAAAUCUCUGAGACGACCGUCGACCUCAUCAAGAUGGUCAUGACUGUGGUGGAGUCCAUUGCUACUUAUGUCAACUUCCUGCCGCUCGCCAACAGGAUUUGUGUCGAGAUGUUCGACUCUGGCGGUGUCGCACGGGUGGUGAAGAAGUACAACACUUUCUCACCAGGCUCUCAAGCAAAAAGAGUAACUUUGAAGAAAGUCAUACGCUUCGAGCCCUUGAAGAGCCUAAAGCAGCGUCUUGAGGAAGCCAAUGAGAUCGCUAUAAACCUGAGUGUCGUCCCUGCUGAAGCCAAUCCCCCAGCACAGCCUUCUCCUCCUUCUGCAGAGUCGAGUUCUGUCGCUGGAGGUGGCGUAGAAACAGAGAAGGACGGUGAGAAACUUGGAGCAGAGAUCGCCCCGGACUCCACCGCUGGUCCUCCGGCAGAUGGAGAUGUAGAGAAAGUAGUAGAGAGGCGGGAGGAGGGUUCCCCAACAGCCAGAGAUGCUUCUGCUGACGUUGCUUGUGGUCCCGCACUUUCAGCCUCAGGUAUGGUCACGUGUGAAGAACCCGCUGCAGGACUUCCUCAGAUCGACCAGGACACAGUGAGGGCCCUCAAAGCAGCAGUUCGCCAGCACAAACGGACCCAAGAGAAGAGGGGCCCGAGUGAGGAGAAGGAGAGCUCCAGCAAAUGCAGCACAAGCUGUCCAAGUGUGAAAAAUGAAAAUGCAGCACGAGAAAAGAAAACUUGGUAUUCCUACCGAGGUCCUGUGGAUUUUACAGAAGACCAUAUUUCUUCAGACGCCUACCUUUUUGAAGAUCAAAACUUCAACAUGAGCGACUUUGUCACCGUCGACGAAGUCGGCCCCGACCCACAUCGCUCCUCCUCUUCCAAGAAGUCCAAGAAGAAAAAACAGCAACGCUUGGCCUUGAGAAGCUCUCAGAGCUGGGCCCCUUCCUCGCACUCCUCGUCCAAGUCGACCGAAGUGGCUGCAAAGAGCAGCUCGUCCGCUAACUUGACCUCUGUGUCAACAAAGAAGCCAAAAGACCAAUCUCAGUCCACCAAACCCUCAUCCUCUUCUUCUUCACUGUCGCAGAGAGAAGCAGUGGCAGCGUCUGACCACAGAGCGUCAGCAGAGGGCAUUGCAGCAAUAACUGUCGAGUCAGAGCCAGAAAUAGAAACAUCAUCAGAGAUGCAUCCACCUGCACAGGGACAGGGAUCAGGGUUGAACCAAGCCCAGAAUCUGGAGGGCCAGACACAGAAAGAUGAUUUUCAAAAACAUAAAGAGGAAGAGGAGGAGGAUGAUGAUGGUGAAAAUUAUCAAAUCCUUGAUUCAUUCGAUGUCCAAACAGAUGAACACAUGGAUGAUGGGAAUCAAGUGGGCGGCUCUGAGACGCAGCUACCUGAACCUGAGAACGGACGGAUUCUGAACGAGGAGAACUUUCAGGUCUUGGACAGCGUCAGCGAUGACGGCGAAAACUGCCCUGAGAAGAGCAGUGAAGAGGGCGCUACUGAAAACCAAGCAGCUACAAGUCAAGAGGAGAGGCCAAGCCUGGUCGAACACAACGGUUCCACAGCCAAGCAGUUGUCUGAGGAAGAUGUGAUUCCAGUAGGCGACAGAUUUGAUGACAAACCUGCACUUGAAGAGGCAAUUGUUGAAAAUCAAGAGGCAAAUAUUGAAGCUAGCUUCCAAGUGUUAGGUACGGGUAGAAAACAAGCUUCAAAGGGCAAAGGAGGCGCAAAGGAGAGAAAACUAAAGGAAGAAGACAAAAUUAUAUCGGCAGAAUCCUGCAAAGCCUCCAACAAUGUUAACAAACCUCAUGAGCAAAUCCCAAACAAACUGCCUUAUAAUGUCAGUGAGAAGAAAGACGUGGAUGUCAACGAACAAGAAUCGUUCGAGAUUUUAGAUUCAAUCGACGAUCAGACGACAAUGGACGACGAUAGCCAAAAAGUUGAAACUCCCAGUGAUCAGACUUCUAAAGACAUAGAAGAAGAAGAUACCUAUCAGGUAGUUGAUUCUGUUGAAGAUCAACAAACAACUACGGAGACAGAGUCUGAGGUCAAUGCGACUGCUAGAAAAGAUUAUGGAUUGUCAAAAAGGAGUGGUCCGAGGACCAGAGCUUCCAAGAGUGAAGAGAGGGAAAAAUCACCAAGGAAACAGGACAGGGCAGUUAAAAGAUCUGAAACGAUAACAAAGACGGGCACCACCGCAGAACCUUCUAAAAAAGACCAAGAGAUUGAAGAGGAGCUGUAUGAGAUUUUAGAUUCCAUUGAAGAGGAACCGGUUCAAGAUGCGACCACCACAGAAAGGUCUGUUAGAAGUCGAAGUCAGAGAGGAAAGAAAGAGGAUAAAACUGAAGCAUCUGAAAAACUUGACGGCGAUGAGGAAACUCUGUAUGAAGUUUUAGACUCUGUGGAAGACGAGACUGCAACUGAACAACCCACUGUUAUGACAAGAUCAACCAGAGGAAGAAGGGGAAGAACAACUAGGAAACAUUCUCCGAUCGACAAAAAAAAGGAAGAGGACACGCCGACGAGAAGGAGGCGCAUUCCUGCCAGAGAAUCACAGCAGAGAACGACAAAGAACGAGGAGAAAGCUUCUCCAAAAGAAGAAGAAGAAAAGAGGAGUGACAUCACUGUGAGAGAGGUAAGAGACGAGGAUGCUACCUAUGAAAUAUUAGACUCUGUGGAGGACGAGGAGGUUUUUGUCCAAAGGGACCCAGAAGACCUCACCGGUGAUGUUACCCAACAAGAAACCAACGAGAUUUUGGACUCAAUGGACAAUCAGACGGCAAUAGACGAUGAAACACCCGGUGAUCAGAUUUCUAAAGAAGACAUCGGGCACAUAGAAGAAGAGGAAGAUACCUAUCAGGUAGUUGAUUCUGUUGAAGAUCGACGAACAACUGUGGUGACAGAGUCUGAGGUCGAUGCGACUGCUAGAAAAGAUGAUGGAUCGUCAAAGAGUAGUGGUCUGAGGACUAGACAGGACAGGACAGUUAAAAAAUCUGAAACGACUACAAAGAUAAUGUGUGAAAUAGAUUCUGUUGAAGAUCAACCGGUUCAAGGUGCGACCGCCACAGAAAGGUCUGUUAGAAGACAAAGUCAGAGAGGAAAGAAAGAGGAUAAGAUGACUUUUAAUCUCACUGAAGCAUCUGAAAAACCAGACGGAGAUGGGGAAACUCUGUAUGAAGUUUUAGACUCUGUGGAAGACGAAACUGCGAUUGAAGAACCCACCGUUACGACGAGAUUGACCAGAGAGAGAAGGGAAAGAACAAGUAAGAAAGAUAUUCCGAUCGACAAAAUAAAGGAAGAGGACAAGCCGACGAGAAGGAGACGCACUCCUGCCAGAGAAUCAGCAAAGAAGAGUGACAUCACUGUACGAGAGUCAAGGGACGAGGAUGCUACCUAUGAAAUAUUAGACUCUGUGGAGGACGAGGAGGUUGUGAAGGACGACCGGCCUGCUACAGGAGGAAGAGGGAAACGGGGAAGACCAAAGAAAGCGGUUAAAGCAACUAAAAAAGAGACUGUCACACUGAAGAAGGGCGACACAGAGAAAGAGGCUGAUGAAGAAGAGGUGUCGUUUCAGAUUCUUGAUUCUGUGGAGGAUGAGAUGGUUGACGACCAUCCUUCCACAGAACAGUCUGUCAGCGCGAGAAAGAAGAAAACGUCCAAAAACGAUAAGCUGGUGGAGCAAAGCUCAUCUCUCUCAGGAUCACCCAGAAACGAGGAGGAGGAGGAGCCGGUCUAUCAGAUCGUAGAUUCUGUGGAAGAUGAUCAAGAAGAGUCGGUGAAGGAAACGAGUAACACAAAUGAUGAAACUUGUCCAAAAGAGGAGGUACCAGCUGUUAAAGAAGACUCGCCAACUUGUAGCAGUGUUGUUGUGGAAGCGUCCGAAGAAUUGGUCGUCAAGGAUUCAGAGGAUUUAUCUGCUGCGGAAGAGUCUGGUCUGGAGAAGAAGGAAAGAUCAGAUGUUAAAAAAGAAGAUGCAUCAACACUGUCAGAGGAGAAGAAGAAUCCAGAAUCGACCAGGAGAAAUGACACCGCGAGUGCUCUGGUGAACCUUGAUGAAGUGAGCGACGAGGAGGAGGAUUACCCUGACGACACAGCCGAGGAGGAAGAGCUGAGGAAGAGGCAAGCUACUGCUAAAGAGAAGCAGCUCGCCAAGGAGCAAGAGAGGGAGCGGGAAGAGAGGAAGACCAGGGAGAGGGAAGAGAGGCAGCGAAGGAGCCGGGGCAGCAGCAGCCAGAGUGGAGGGAGGAAGGCGAAGGAGAGGGGAGAGAAGGAGGAGAAGCUAGAGGCUGACACAAAGGAGCAAGAGCGGAAGACCAGGGAGAGGGGGCAAAGGAGCCUUAGCAGCAGCAGCCGGAAUGAUGGGAGGAAGGCGAAGGAGAGGGGGGAGGAUGAGGAGGAGAUGGUAAAGGUCGACACAAAGAAGCAAAAGAGGGAGCAGGAAGAGAAGAAGACCAGGGAGGGAGAACAGAGGAAAGCGGAGGAGGAGGAGGAGGUAGAGGUCAACAUCAAGGAGCUGGUGACUCUGGAUGAGGUCGGAGCUGAUGAGGCUGGAGAGGAAGCUCCGGCACAGGAUCGAGAGUGGGAUGGCGAGAUCACGGCCGAAGAUCUGCAGGGGCUCGUCACUCUGGAUGAAGUCGUAGAAGAGGAGGAGGAGGAGGAGGGAAAGGCUGAGCAAACCACGCCGGAGCCCCGCCCACCCAGCAAAGAUGACGAAUCAGUGGACUCCUUAAACCCAGAUACUUUGGUGACUGUCGACGAAGCGAGAGGCAACGAGGAUGAAGAGACCAGAGAGGAAGCUGAGACGACGUCGAGAUCUGUGAAACGCAAAAUCAAUGUCGACACGGAGAAGAGUGUGGACUUUGUGACUGUCGACGAGGUGGAAGAGGAGGAGGUAAAGGAAGCUCCCAGGACAAGAAGGCGACCCAGGAAGAGAACCAAAAAGACCCCCGUGAGAAAAUCUACCAGAGGGAAAAAAGCUGGGGACAGAGAGGAAGAACGGGAAUCGGCUGGUUCAGACGCGCCGCUCCCGCUCGCUUCACCGGACAAAGAUCCAUCGUCGUUAUCGAGUGACGGCCAGCGAGAGUUCCAGAAGGCCGAGGUGGACGGAGCGAGCCAGGCCCACGUGGACGCUGCCACUGCUGGGCAGGACCUGCAGCCCAACCCCCCCGAGAGCCAGAGCCUGGAGGAGGGAUGGAGCAGGGCGGACGUUACAGUUGUGAGUAAGAGGAGGAGGAGGGAGCUAGUCGGACCUGAGGCGAAGAGAUCUCGUUCUCAGUCUCCUUGUGCUUCUGCCGACCUCAAACUGCCGCCGUUCAGUCCCCACAACCCGCUCGGUCAGGAGUUUGUGGUCCCCAAGUCGGGUUACUUCUGUAACCUCUGCCGCGUGUUCUACCUGAACGAGAGCAGCGCCAAGGAGGAUCACUGCGGCAGCCAGAGACACUACGACAACCUACAGAAAUACUUCCAGAAACAUCGACACAAACCACCGACGAGCACGUCGCCACAUUCUCAAGGCCUCGCUUCUGAUUGAUCCAGGCUUUCGGAUACUGAUCUUUUUAUUUAUUUUUUGUGAAAAGGUGUCGAGUGGAGCCGCUGCCGAGGGGCUCAAUGUGUAAUCCAGGGGCUUUUACAUCAAUCGUGAUACUUCAAAAAUAAUAGAUUUUAUCUUGAUUGGUCCCAUUGGGAUUAAAACUCCGUCCGACUCUUUACUCGAGUGUCCGAGACGUAACUCGCACAAGGAUCAUUUGAGUUUUACUCACAUGAGUAAAAACAACCCACAAAUAUCAGACUGCGACGUCGGCAUCAGUGGUAGAAUCUCAACGCUGCUUGGCUUUCGCGACAUCGCAUCACGCAUAUAGUGGAGUUGAAAUAUUUGAACUCGAGCAAGUGGAGCGAUUGGGCUGAAUUUAGCGUCCUCCCGUCAUUCGCACCAUCGAAGUUCGCGUCUUUCGAAUGUGAACUCAUCACAUGAAUAAUUUUCUUUGUGUUUGACUUUCAUCUGCUACACGUCUCAUCUUAGUCAUGAAUGAAUGGUUAUUACAAUAAUCGCCUCGGCCAGGGAGGAUGUUUGAUCUGUAUGUUUGUCUCUCAGCAGGAUUACGCAAAAAAAUAUCGAUGGAAUUAUUAAUCAAUUAUUUAUUUUUUAAACCAGUGUCUGUGUAUUAUUCCCUGAAUAUUUUUUCCAAACUCAGUUUUGUUUCCAGUUCUGUUUCCCAUAGAGACCCAUAAUUAAAAUAAAUAUAAAAAUCAA